AUGGCUUAAAGAAUAACAUAUAGAAGACGUUGUUCAUAUAAUACUAGAUCAAACAAAAUUAGAAAAGUAAAAACUCCUGGUGGAAAAAUUGCUGCAUAAUACGUAAAAAAGGUUGUCGUAAAUUAAAAAUGUACUGAACCUGGAUGCGGUGCAUUAUUAAACGGAAUCGCAAAUGUUAGAGCUAGUGCUUUAUCUACAAUGAGUAGAAGAUAAAAAACUGUAUCUAGAACUUAUGGAGGACAUAUUUGCCAUCAUUGUGUUAGAACUAGAAUUGUUAGAUCAUUUUUAAGUGAAGAAGUCAGAAUUAUUAAAAGAUCAUUAAUGAAUAAACCAAAAUCUGAUAAAAAGAAAAAGAGAUCUUAGAAAAAAUGAAAUAUUUUUUUAAAUAAAUAAUAAAAAAUGAAAAAUUAAUAUUUUAUAAUAUAAAGUAUUAAUUUUGUCUAAACAUGUUAUUUAA